CAUUGCAGAUGUUGAAAAGGCAGUUAUUGAGUCUAUGGAAAAACAAUAUGCGGAUGUUUUGGCUCCACCAAAGGAUUGUGUUGCACCAAAGAAAUUCGGCCUCAAAGUUGUCCAAAAACUCACAAAGCGCAAUUCAACGGUGCCCUAUACCGUACCUGAAGAUCUUGGCAUUCUCUUGAAUACAUUGAAAAGACUACUUGAUGUUUUGCGACCUCGGAUUGAGAGUCACUUGAAGUCAUGGAGUUCUUGUAUACCUAACGGAGGAAAUUCUGCGGCCAUUGGAGAAAAACUUAGUGAAGUUACAGUGACAUUGAGAGCUAAAUUCCGAAAUUACAUGCAAGCGGUUGUUGAGAAGCUUUCUGAGAAUACCCGUAUGCAAAAUACCACAAAGCUCAAAAAGAUCAUUCAGGAUUCAAAAGAGUUGGUGCUUGAAUCUGAUAUCCGCACCAGGAUGCAGGCGUUGAAGGAUCAGCUAAUUCAGGCGAUAAAUCAUGUGCACAAAGUCUCUGAAGUACAUGUUUUUGUAGCCAUAUGCCGAGGUUUUUGGGACCGGAUGGGACAGGAUGUGCUGAGUUUCCUGGAGAAUCGCAAAGAAAAUAAAGCCUGGUAUAAAGGUGCACGAGUCGCAAUCUCCGUAUUGGAUGAUACUUUCGCAUCCCAGCUGCAACAGCUGCUAGGCAAUACAAUCCCGCCGAAGGACCUGGAGCCACCCAGAUCCGUCGUGGAAGUUCGCUCUAUUCUCUGCAAAGAUGCACCCCGCCAGAAGAAUUCUAGUUUCUACUAUUGAUGAUCAAGGUCACUGUACAUAAUAGUCAUGCACAUCAGCGCAUGCAGCUUUAUCUUGGAGAGAAAAAGGUCAAGGUGUCCGGGUCUUUAUAAAGAAAAGGACCAACGAGGUCUGGAUUCUGGAGGAGGCUCAGUGAUCUCUGAGAAACUAGCCUUGUGUUACACCAGAAAAAAUAUUUUUGCUGGUUAACCUGCCUAUGUUCCCAUUGCCUGUGGGAUGGGGUCUACAUAUGGAAACUGGAUUGCGCGGUGUGAUCCAAUUAACAUUGUAGGUUAGCUUCAUUGAUAGCACCUAGCUGUGGUUAAGCAGUUGCUCUAUUUUUGAACAUGUUAACUGUUCUUAGGAUUUUUUUUGAAAGGUAUGGAGAGCCAAAAAAAAAACUUUGAUGGUUACCGAUGCCUCUGUAUUGUGUAGCAAUAUUGAAAAAUAAGCAUACAAGUCUUUAACUUUCAAUAUAAA